AUGGUCUACAUCUGGGGCCUUGUGGAGAGCUCGACAUCGAAAACGAUCACUUCGGUUCACCUGCGUAUUGAGGAUUAUGCGUUGUUCAGGCCAUGUUACGGGAAGCUGGGGCCCCACCUACUGUUCCGCAACAACAAGCCAAUCUUGUUACUCUCGGCAACUUGCCGACCGGUGGCAGUGGACGGCAUCAUGAAGAGUCUCAAGCUGAAUGAAGACACUCUUGACAUUUUGCGGGGUGAGCUCACCCGUCCCGAAAUUCGCAUUAUUCGGGUCACGAUGGACCAUUCCCUUGCUUCGACACUCGAUCUGGUGAAGUUGUUCCCCUCGGCGAAGGAUGUUUCCGACGCGGAUUUGGUCCCAACACUGAUCUAUAGCAGCUCGCGCAAUCGGACGAUGACGGCAAUGGAUGUGAUUGAUUUGGCGAGAGAAACCCCCGGCGCCGCUUUUGACCCUCCGAGCACCUGUAUUUGUCGAUUUCACUCCUGUACAGGCGAACAGGAUAAGGUUGAUUGUGUGAACCAUUUCGCUGCGGGGGAUUUCCCUCUGAUUUCUUGUACCAUGGCCCUGGGUCUGGGUCAAAACUGGAAGAGGGUUAGGAUGGUGGUUCACAUGGGGAGGGGUGAUCCGGCUUCAAUAUCUCAGAUGAUUGGCAGAUGUGGCCGAGACGGACGACCCGGACUGGCUAUCUUGCUUGUGGAAAGGAGUCGUCGGAAUGGGAAAAACUCGAUCGAUCAGUUCCCCCUGGCGGCUAGUACUCCUCCUUACCAGUCGGAUCCCGAUCGGAUGGAUGCUUUGGCCAUAACGCCGGUGUGCCUGCGCAUUGCGUUUUCCCUUGACAACUUGAAUUAUGUGGGGGCGUUUGCUAGACUAGGAUACAUCCCACUUUCAGUGGACGACCCAGGUUACAUCCAAGAGCGGGCACGCGAGCUCGAGGCUGGAAUGAGCCCCUGUGCUUGUUCCAAUUGUGCGAUUACCGAGGCGGCGAGUUUGUCACAAGUACCCAAUCAAGGCCACCCCGCUCAGGAAGAGGAAAAUUCCCGACGGUGA